UUGUGGCUAGGCGUGCGCGCUUGGUAUUGUUGUGUAGCCGGAGUUCGACCGCGCGUGAGUGUGUGCACGGUAAUCCUGCACGUUUCAGGAUGCCGACCUGCUGUGCUAGCGGUUGCAAAAGCAGGUACAGCAGAGGAAAGAAGCUAUUUUCGCUUCCGCGACGAAAAGACAAUGCCGCUCGGCUAGAAGUGUGGCUCCAGCGUAUCGGAAGGACCGACUUGGACCCUGUAUCGUCGCGGCUUUGUGAGGACCAUUUCACUGCGGACCAAUUCGAGCCGAUACUGCUGCGCAGGUUUGGUAUUAAAAAGUUGAAGAGAGACGCGGCGCCUACGAUCUUCAGUCGAGAGCAUUUGCAAACGUCAGAAUGCAAUGAUUCAGCCCGCUCAUCUUGUGGCCUUAAUCUACUACUAACAGCAGCUGCUCUUGUUGAUGAAGGCAAAGAGACACACUGCCCAUCAGCUACGAAUCUGCUUCUGACACCAGCUGCUGUUGAUGGCUAUGGAGCCAACAGUGAUGCCACUCAAGCAGAGUUAGGUUCUUCACAAGGUCACACUGCCACUGAUUCAGCACCAUCGGAUUUUCCAGAAGGUAAUGGCAGUGAUAUGUUGCUUUGA